AUGGGUGCGAGCUGUAACGCAGACCCAAGGUGUGUUGGCGGAUCGAACAUUACGACGUUUAACUUCAAGCGGGGGAGAUCCUACAAGAUGAGCCUUGUGAAUACCGGCACCUCGACUCAUACGACUUUCUGGAUUGAUCACCAUAAUUUCACGGUUGUUGGUACGGACUUUGUCCCGAUCAAGCCGUACACUGCAUCCAUCAUCAAUAUCGCUAUUGGUCAGCGCUACGACAUUAUAAUCAACGCCAACGCAAGGAAGAAUACCCGGACAGACUUCUGGAUUCACGCUCGGGACUGUCAAAUCGGAGGUGCCCGAUCGAAUCUUGGCAUUAUCCGCUAUGAUCCUACAUCGACAACACUACCUUGGACACCCCCAGUAGACGACCGUCACGUUUGUUAUGGCUGCCUCAACGAGUCACCUAAAGACCUGAAACCAAUCGUCCGACGGAUGGUAAAGAACGCAGCUAAUGAGGGGUUCGAAAAGGAUUCGUUGAAGGUGCAUCUAGUCGGGUUCCCUAACGACUUCGACCCGGAUGCAACGCUACACAAUUUGAGCCUUGUCAAAAUUGCAUCUGACCAAGGCUGGGAGAAUCCCAAAUUUCCCAAAGGUUACGAGCCAGUGGAUCUUCAGUCCUACAAGGAGAAUAGCUGGGUGUACUUCCUUAUCGAAGGCAAAUUCCAGGAGUUUGUCGACAAUGCAACUCAAAAAAUCUACAAAACGCAAGCGCCGGUUGCACAUCCUAUGCACAUCCAUGGCCACGAUUUCGUCAUCCUCGACUCUGGAACCUCCGAGUUUGACCCUAAAAACUAUACCAUCAACCGCGACAACCCGCCCCGCCGUGACGUGGCACUUCUUCGAUUGAUGCAUUGCCACAUUGCCUGGCACGCAAGCGGCGGUCUUGCUCUGCAAUUCAUUGAGCAACCAGAGAAGCUCAGUCGCCAAUUUGGGGACUCCGGCAAAGUGGAAGAUUUCUCAAAAACUUGUACUAACUGGGCGGCAUACUACACCAUGUUUAACAAGAAUUAUAAUGCGACACAGGAUGAUUCGGGUAUCCGAUACGGGUUGAACGGACAGAGGGAAAUAAGAAGCUAG